GCGGCGCGGGACGGUUUCUUCAGCUUGUGGCGCCCCCCGGCGGUUAGCGGUGAAGCGAUGUGAGGGCCGGCCCUGAGCGCCUGCCAUGGAGCAGCACCAAGAGACGCGAACACCCGGGGACCCCGUCGCGUGGCUGCCUGGGACCUUGAGGUCUCAGACGCCCGAGGAGGAGGAGCCGCGGGUGGGCGGGUCAGCGCCAGCGGCCUCCGUCUUGGAGGCGGAGGCGUAUGGGGCCAGUGCGGACGGGCUGUGGGAACUGCCAGUGGAGCCGGCGGAGCGGAGGCCCGAGUGCAGCCACUGCAGCCGGCCUCAGAAAGUAUGUUUGUGUCCAUUUCUACCAGCACAUCCUCUACACAUCUCUACCUACUUGUAUAUAAUUCAGCAUCCAGCAGAGGAAAACAAGGUGCUGCGGACAGUUCCUCUUCUAGCAGCAUGUCUCCCCAAAGAUAAAUGUAAAAUCAAGAUUGGUCGUCGCUUCAGCGAGGAAAGAGAUCCUGAACUUUCAACUAUCUGUCGGAAGUCUGAUACAUUAAUAUUAUAUCCAGGGGCUGAAGCUGCUAAUUUGGAAGAAUUUAUAUUAGAUUCUCCUGUUUAUCCUUCCACAAUAAUCAUAAUCGAUGGCACGUGGAGCCAGGCCAAGGACAUUUUCUACAAGAAUUCCUUGUUCCGACUGCCUAAACAGGUGCAAUUAAAAACUAGCAUUUCUAGUCAGUAUGUAAUUCGGGCGCAACCAACUAAUAGGUGCCUUUCUACACUGGAGUGUGCAGCUGUUGCUCUUUCUAUCUUGGAGAAAAAUAACUACAUACAAGAGACUUUGCUUCGCCCUCUUCAGGCUUUAUGCUCUUUCCAGCUUCAGCAUGGUGCUCAAAUUCGCCUCAGCAAGGAAUAUCUUCUGAAAAAUGGAUUAUAUCCUAAGCCAAUGCCAAAGAACAAACGCAAACUCAGGAAAAUGGAACUAUUAAUGAACAGCGUUAAAAUUUAGUGCAGUUGUUCUUAUGGUGCCAGUUAUGAUAAUGUGCAGCUGACAAUACCAGGUUACCUUUUUUUAUACAUUUUAAGUCUGUGGGUUUUUGUCUAAAGAAUUAAGAGUUACAUACUAAACUUACCUAGAAGAAGAAAGUAAUCCAAAUAGCCAUAAAAACAAAUUUCACUUACUCAAUGGAAAGCAAGAUUUAUUUCAUACUAUAUUGUUUUAAAAAUGUACCUCUAAUUUUUUUUUUUUUUUUAAAUCAGUAAUUUGAAAUGAGGUUAGUUGUUGAGCUGGGUUAGAAGUUCUUAUUUAUAAAAUGGAAUGAAAGGAAAAUGGUAUGCCUGAUUGGUUCAGUAUUGUUUCUAUGGGUGUUUAAUUACGAAGAGACCUACAGUAGAGGAUACCUAUAGCAAGUUACAGUCUUGUACAUGAGCUUUAUAGCUUGAAAUAAGUAGCAAAAGAAAAUAAUAAUCAAGUAAAUUAGGUUGAAAUUUUAUUUCAUAAAUAAGUAUUUAGGAACUAAACUUGAAUUCAGCUAAUGUAAUUUAAGUGUGCUAUUAAUUGCCCUAGUUUUAAAAAUUAAAGUAUGAUUAGAAAAAGUA